UCCAUAUAACAACAUUUCAACCUUUUUUUAGCAUUAUCUUGUCCAAAUAUGGCAUUAUAUCCACUAUUUGUAUCUCUUUGCAUCAGUUUCAAUAUUGGACUCUUAUUUUGAAGGCAAAAUGCAAAUUCCAUUAUUUCUCAACCUUAUUCUAGCAAGCAUCACACAGGUGCUUUUCCGACAGGAUACAAUAAUAACUUCUAACCUGCACGGUCUCACACAGAGCACGGAGAAGAGCAGCGGUCGGUCGGUAGUCGACAUCGGAGAAGUGAACGAAGCCUUUGUUUUCAGAAGCAGCAGGAAUCCGAAACUGGGGAAAAAGAUGAUGAUGAGUUUUCUGCCAAACUUCUCCACUGAGACCUGGACCCUCCUGGCCCUCCUCAUCACCCUCAUUGUAGUGUACGGGUACUGGCCCUAUGGUGUAUUCACUAAAAUUGGUAUCCCUGGUCCCAAACCCCUACCUUACUUUGGCACAAUGAUGGAGUAUAGAAAGGGCUUCACUAACUUUGACACAGAGUGCUUUCAGAAGUACGGGAGAAUCUGGGGGAUCUAUGAUGGGAGGCAGCCUGUUCUGUGUAUCAUGGACAAAAGCAUAAUCAAGACUGUCCUGAUUAAAGAGUGUUACAACAUCUUCACCAACCGCAGGAAAUUCAUUCUGAGCGGUGAGCUGUUUGAUGCGUUGUCCGUUGCCGAGGACGAUACAUGGAGACGGAUCCGCAGUGUCCUCUCACCUUCCUUUACCUCUGGACGACUAAAACAGAUGUUUGGUAUCAUGAAGCAGCACUCUGCUAACCUGCUGAAUGGAAUGAAGAGGCAGGCAGAUAAAGACCAGACCAUCGAAGUGAAGGAGUUCUUUGGGCCCUACAGUAUGGACGUGGUCACCAGCACAGCCUUCAGUGUGGACAUUGACUCUCUGAACAACCCUUCAGACCCCUUCGUCUCCAACGUCAAGAAGAUUCUCAAAUUUGACCUGUUCAACCCACUGUUCCUUCUAAUCUUGUUGUUUCCCUUCACUGGUCCUAUCUUGGAGAAGAUGAAGUAUACUAUCGUCCCGACUGCGGUGUUGGACUUCUUUUACGCCUCGCUGGCUAAGAUCAAAUCUGGACGUGACACUGGGAACUCAACUAAUCGGGUGGAUUUCUUACAGUUGAUGAUCGACUCUCAGAAAGGCAGCGACACAAAGACAGGAGAGGAACAGACUAAAGGACUGACUGAUCAUGAGAUCUUGUCUCAGGCCAUGAUCUUCAUCUUCGCAGGCUAUGAGACCAGCAGCAGUACUAUGAGUUUCCUGGCCUAUAACCUGGCAACCAAUCCCCAUGUCAUGACCAAACUGCAGGAGGAGAUAGAUACUGUGUUCCCCAACAAGGCUCCAAUCCAGUACGAAGCUCUGAUGCAGAUGGACUAUUUGGACUGUGUGUUGAACGAGUCUCUGAGACUGUACCCCAUCGCCCCGCGACUGGAGAGGGUCGCCAAGAAGACGGUGGAGAUCAACGGCAUCAUCAUCCCAAAAGACUGCGUUGUCCUGGUUCCCACGUGGACCCUCCACCGUGACCCAGAGAUCUGGUCUGACCCUGAGGAGUUCAAACCAGAGAGGUUCAGUAAGGAGAACAAGGAGCCUAUUGAUCCGUACACGUACAUGCCGUUUGGGGCGGGGCCCAGGAACUGUAUCGGGAUGCGCUUCGCCCUGAUCAUGAUCAAACUGGCCAUGGUCGAGAUCCUCCAGAGUUUCACUUUCUCCGUCUGCGACGAGACCGAGAUCCCAUUGGAGAUGGACAACCAGGGCAUGCUGAUGCCAAAACGACCAAUCAAACUCAGGCUGGAGCCCCGUAGCAACACCCCUAGCAACACCACCAACACCACCUCUCUGAAUAGUCCAACAAAGUGAACAAAUGCAAGGGAACUCUACCCUACCCUACCCUAGAGAACCCUACCCUACCCUAGAGAACCCUACCCUUCCCUGGAACACCCUACCCUGCCCUAGAGCACCCUACCCUAGAGAACCCUACCCUAGAGCACCCUACCAUACCGUAGAGUACACUACAAUACCCUAAAGCACCAUACCCUACCCUAGAGGACCCUACCCUGGAGCACCCUACCCUACCCUGGAGCACCCUACCCUAACCUAGAGGACCCUACCCUAGAGCACCCUACCCUACCCUAAAGUACCCUACCCUGGAGUACCCUACCUACACUAGAGCACCCUGCCCUGGAGUACCCUACAUACACUAGAGUACCCUACCCUGGAGUAGCCUACCUACACUAGAGCACCCUACCUACACUAGAGCACCCGACCCUACCCUUGAGCACCCUACCCUGGAGUACCCUACCUACACUAGAGUACCCUACCUACACUAGAGAACCCUACCCUACCCUAGAGUACCCUACCCUGGAGCACCCUACUCUACACUAGAGCACCCUACCCUACCAUAGAGCACUAAACCCUACCCUGGAACACCCUACCCUACCCUAGAAGACCCUACCCCACCCUAGACAACCCUACUGUAGAGCACCCUACUCUAGAGUAUCCUACCUUGGAGAAGCCUACCUUUCAAUCAAACACCCUACCUUACCCUACAGUACCCUACAAUAGAGCACCCUACCCUACCUUAGAACACACUACUCUACCCUAGAGUACCCUAACCUACAGUACCCUACCCUAGAGGAUCCUAC